AUUUCGUCCUUAACUGCUGUGGCACAGAAUCUCAUCUUCAGAUACUUGCAAAAUAGAUCCCGGAUUCAGGUGUGGCUCUAUGAGCAAGUGAAUAUGCUGAUAGAGAGCUGCAUUAUUGGUUUCAAUGAAUACAUGGACCUUGUAUUAGAUGAUGCAGAAGAGAGUCAUUCUAAAACAAAGUCAAGAAAACAGCUGGGUCGGAUCAUGCUAAAAGGAGAUAAUAUUACUCUGCUACAAAGUGUCUCCAACUAGAAAUGAUCAAUGAAGUGAGAAAU